AUGUCGAGUAGGUUUUCACGAACUCGGUCUCCGGAGAAAAUUUCCCUCGAUACGAAUCUUUCGCAAUGGUCCACCACAGGAGGAAGUUUGGACAAAAUAAGAUACAUCCAAUCGGAUAGCAUUUCCGCUGAAGGUUUGUAUGAGCCAUACCAGUGGCCCCAGUCAAGACCCAAGUCGGAGUCCUCCAUGAAAUAUUUUACAGCAGCCAAUAGGAUACACCUCGAUACCUCCGGUGGAAGUGGAGAUGUACGUGAAAUUCCAGUCUAUGAGUAUGGCAAGGAUUUCACUGCUGAUCCCAUCCUGUUUGUCGAGACUGUGAAAGAAGCAGGAAAGAAGUAUGGAGCAGUAAAAGUGAAGAUGCCUAUGGAUUUCGUCACAAGAUUGCUGGUAGAUCAACUGCUAGAUCCCGAAGCUUUGAUUUUUCGGACAACCCGAAUCCUCAAUAAUCCUACUGAAAACGAGUUGUUUGCAAGGCUUAAAUUUUUCAGUGAGCUUCUAAAGUUUCAUGCAUCUAUGGAAGAUAUCUCAAACAAGCCUCUGGAUUUAAUUUCCGACUCUCUGAUAGAAAUUCACCUGGCUGAUACGAAUUCCGUACCUACCCCGCAAGCCAAUCUGGAACUACAGCAACAAAUCAAGGUGGAGAGCAAUUCUGUAGUUGCAAAUGAGGCGAAUUUGCCUGCUGAUGGGGCAUCACAUGCGUUCAAAUCUCCAGAAACUAUUGUGAAGUUGGAAGACACCAAAAUCAUGAAACCAGAAUCAUCUCACGCACAGCAAGACAUUUCACAGGACGCACAAGCGAGACAGAAUGUUCCUUUAUUUGUGUCCCAGCUUCCAACUUUGGGAAAACGCCCCUUGGACUUGUAUGAGUUCUUUCGUCUUGUCAUAGCAAGAGGCGGAUUUGAUGAGGUAUCCACGAAGGGUCUUUGGACGGAGAUUGGACACGAAUUAGGUUACAACAAAAAUGACCGUCAAAAAUUAAACCAAUUUCUCGAGGAGUCUUACAACAGCAUCUUGAGUUCGUUUGAAAAGAACCUUGGAGACCGGAAAUAUGCCAUCGGAGCAUUAGCGCAUAAAAGCAAUGACAGCGAGUCUCGAAAGCGACUUAGACUCAAUAGUGGAGCUCCGCUUAUAUUGGGUUCGGCAAAGGAUUUCCAUCGAUCUGUGAAAAGUAAGGCAUCCAAAGGAUUUCUCCUAAAUGAGCCACAUUUGAUGAGUAUCAAGUCACCUCUCGUGCUUGGGCUCAAGAGCAUGUCUGCAGCACUGGAUCGCCGUUCAUCUUCCAAAAGCAAAGAAGAGAUCUAUUCACCCAUUACAUCUGCUGCUCAGGUGAACCACUUUGUAAAGUGGCUUGCUUGUGGUCUGUCAAACAUCCAGGAUGCUUCUAGAUAUGAUUAUCCUCCGAAUCGCACCUCAUAUCUUUCAUUGAAACAGUACAUGUUGAAAGAUAAUAAAUUCCAACAAUACCUAAUCAGCACAUAUCCCCAAGUGUUUGGAAACAACGAUUUGCCGAGUCAUGGUAGCCUCGUUAGUGGUGGAAAGGCAGAGAAAGUCGCCAUUGAGGAGUUCGAGCGUUUAUAUUGGGGAUUAAUGGAGAAUAAAGGUGAAACCAACUUACUUGAUUUAAUGAAACUUGAAUCUGGUAUUUGCGUCCCGAGUUCGAUGGUAAGGUCGGGGUUCCCUGAACUAGGUGAUGACUUUAAUGAGAGCAAGGAAACGAAGAGUGUGAACAAUUGUCAACCUUUUUCUCCUUCUGUCCAAAAUGAUGCUACUUCCUCUAGCAUUCAAUCAGGUUCAUUAUCUGCCUCUGCAGGUUCUCUUCUCGAUCCCCCCUCGGUUGCAACUGCUGGAACAACAAAAGUAACCAGUUCCGCUCUGUCGCCUUCAGAAACACAAAAUAUCACAGCAAAUCAAAAUAUCUCAGGUCAAAAUGAUCCUGGUGUUUCUACUACUGCAAAUGGAAACUCAAAAUCGGAGUCUACCACAGGACCGAAGCCAGUCAGGUACACCGAUCGCACUCUCGAUCCAUUGAACCCAUUCAACAUACACAACAUACCGGUACUUCCCAAUUCUCUACUCGGGGCGUAUAGUGCACUGGAUAUUAAUAAUCGAGACUUAGUCAACUCGAAACUCCAUGUGGGUAUGACAUUCAGCACCCAGAACUGGAGUUGUGAAGAUCACUUCACUCAAAAUUGCAACUAUCAUUCUUUUGGGGCAGGAAAAAGGUGGUAUUUUAUUCCUGAGCUGGAAUUCGAGAAAUUCCAGACAUUGAUUCAAGAAGUAACUAAUCAGCAAUCUGUCUACAAUUCCCGCGUGAACAUGAACUACAGAAAGGAAGAUUGGCACUUCAAAUCGCUUGAAAGGGUGAUAAAUAAUAAGAUGAGUGGAGAGGCUGAGUAUAAAUGUUUAAACGACUCAAUGGAGAAUUUGCUCAAUCCUUUUCCUGAUAUUCGUGCAAACCAUAAGAGCGACUUAUUCCAAAAGCUCAUUGAUAAGAAAAAGAAACAGAACAAUAUGUCAUUCAAUCAAGAAUUUUUGAUAACUCCUAAAUUAUUGCGCGAGAAGGGAAUUAACUUCACCACCACAGUACAGCAACAGGGUGAGUUCAUUUUCAAGUAUCCCAAAUCAUACUCGUCCACAUUUUCAUUCGGUGUGAACCUUAGUGAGGAGAUCAAUUUUGCAUCCGAGCUCUGGCUCGAUUAUGCUGAGGAAGGCGAGCAGUGGCUCUCCCAGCAGGGAAUACUUCCGAAUAUUCUGAUAUUCAGAAUGUUGAUUAAUUUUGCACAGCUUCACGAGUCAAGUGACUCAAAAUGUGGUCAUUUCGAUGCUGGAAUCUUCUCUAAGGUUCUGGCCCUAUAUUCAAAAUUCUUGGAUCGGGAACUAGCGUUACGUGCCAAAAUCAGAGAGACUCUCAAAAUUAAAGAAACCACAAUCGAAGAAAGAAAUAUAACUGACAUCGACAGUAUUUCUGACGACACGUUACAGAACGCCUUUCCUUCCAAGAUUGUUAUCUCAGAAGCAUAUACCCACCAUCAAUUAGUGAUGACAUUGCCAGGUUUUUUGGAUUAUGCUGCUCAGAUGUCUGGUGAAGAAGAUCUGGAAUUUAAUGUGAUAACCAAUAAGUAUUACACUAUUGAACUCCAAAUGUUUUAUUCUGAUGAGAAACUUAAAAGUUUCCAACGACUUCUUAGCUCAUACUCUGUUGACUUUGAGGCAUGGCUCGAAAACUACGAGACUAUCUUAAAGUCGGGAGAAGAUAUUUCGAUGAAGAUGUAUAAGAAUUUAUUGAGUGAAGGAUGGAAGAUCUACUCUGCGGUUGCAAGCUCCAACUACAAUUUCAUGAGAUUUUCUCUGGACACUAAGUCUCAAAAUACGGAACUUGCAGCAAAAGUAAAGAGUUUCAAGGAUGAAGUUGAAAACCUUCAAAGUUUCGUCGAUGAAUCAAUGGAACUUAUUGAGGACUGUCAAACCAUUUUAUCCUUGAAACAUCAGCAGCGUAUAAGGAAUCCAGGCGGUGAGAGCACUCCACAGGUGAAUAAUGAGCAGCAGACUGGAAGCUUGGACCUCCUUUUGGAUUUGGUCAAUAAAAUCCCAAAACUUAAUUUCUAUGCGCCUGAGUUCGAUCAGAUCUUCGAGUUUAAGAGCGAAAUUGAAAAUUUUGACCGUGCAUGCCGUGCACUCAUUCAGAAACCCAAUUCCUCCAUUUCUGAGCUAAAUGAUAUGAUCAGUUUGGGAAUGUCGUUUGGAGUUCAAAUCCCAUCUUUGGAUUUUAUGACCCGUCUUAGAGAUAGGCAGCAAUGGCUCUCAACGUAUGAAACAAUUGUUUCUGGGGGAGAUCCCUUCAGUGGAAAGAAAGAUAUUUUCUUUUUGAAGCAUUUGGUGGACUUUAGAGACGAAGGUUUGCGCGUUUUGGCAAGUAAGGACAUUGAGAAGAUCAGAGAUAUCGAUGCGUAUGUGCAAAAGGGAAAUUCAUAUGAUUUCAUAGUGACAUCUUAUCUUUUGGAGAACAGUGUCCUCAACAAAGUCGAAUUGAAGAAACUUGAUACCGUCAUUGAUGAUAUGGUUGAGAGGUCUAAAAAGACCGGAAGUGAUCGUCUCUUUGUUACUUUUGAAUCAUAUUCCAGACUAGUUGACUUGAAAGCCCAAUCUGGGCACAUCCGGUUUCUCGCUGAAUACCACACCAGGACCCAUAAUUUGUUCGAUAUAAAACAGACUCUAUCUGAACUAGAAGCCUGUGGUUUCAAAUAUGAUGGUUCGCUCAUUCAGAAUGAUUUGGCUCGUACACAUCAGUGGCUUGAUAAUGUGAACACUCUUUUCAAGCAGACAAAGAUUGUGUCCAACACAAGGUCAAAAACUAAAUUACCAGUGCUGGCCACUAGGCAUGCUUCGGAACCGGAUAUGAUACUCAGUUCCCAUCAUAUUUAUAACAAUUGUGCUACUGCAUUUGCAGGGGAAGAUGUGGACGAGUUCACUCGGAGUUCGAGUUGGGUGUUCAUGAACAACUUAGAUUACCAUUAUGAUGAGAAGCACCCCGCAAGAUAUUGUAUGUGCCGAGAGUUUGAAGCCGGGGUAAUGAUUGAAUGUGACCGCUGUCAUGAAUGGUAUCAUGUUAACUGUGUCAACGCUAAGAGCAACAUUGAUGACGAGAAUGAGAAGUACUCUUGCCCAGUGUGUAUGCUGUUGGAGAGUUAUAAAUUCACUGGUACUGUUCAAGAAAUUCCAGGAAAAAUUUCUCGGGAUUCAAUCACUAAACUCAUUGCAAAAGGUGAGCUGUUAAGAAUUGUACCACGGCCUGAGGUUCAGUCAUUAAGGGAGAUUGCAGACCUCUCGCAAAGAGCGUAUGAAUAUUUCGACAAGCAGAUGACAUUAGAUGUGAAUGUUCGCUACGGUCCGGUUUACACGAUGUUCAUAGCCAGAAAGUACUACGGAUCGCCGAUUUGUAACUAUGAGCAGAUCACCAAGCUUUUUGAUAUUUUGAAGGAGGUUGAUUUUCCCAGUUUGUUCAAGGAAGCGCUUUCAAGAGCGGAGAAGGAGGACACUGUGGAAAUACAGAAUGGUGGUGAUUUGGGAUCUCAGAAAGAUUCAACAGUUGCAGAUUCGAAUGAGGUGGUUGCAUCUUCUGUGGCCUCAACGAGUAGUAACCUGGAGAAGCAAGAUGAGCUGACGAUAUCUACUGCAGUGGAUAAGGACAUCACUGCUCCCAUUCAUCCUCAGGUUGUGCCCAUUCUUGUGUCUCAAAAGUUACCAUUGAAUCAUCUGGAAGCUUCAACUACUGUGCCAUCGGUGAAUCCUCCGAGAGUGAUUUCAGCAAGUACCUCCACUAACACCGACAAUGCUGUGCUGGAAACAAACGAAAAGUCUCUGAAAUCAACUACCUCUACGGGAACAAUCAAUGGCGACAACAAAAGAAACGAAGCUAGUCAAGUACUUUUGGAGCCCGGGACGGUAUGUCCACCAGAAAUUCCUCCUAAAGUAGCUUUGCCUGCUAAGGUCCCAAUAGUUCUAUCACUGAUCAAUAAUCCCGGGCACAAAGUUCCAUUACUCAGUGCUCCAGAACUCCAUGCUCCAAAACUUGAUGCUCCAAAACUUGAUGCUCCAAAACUUGAUGCUCCAAAACUUGGUGGUUCAGAACUUGAUGAUUCAAAACUUGAUGAUUCAAAAGCUGAAGUACCAAAGCUUAUUAUCCUUGAUAAGCCAAGCCGAACGAUUGAAGAGGCGAACAAGAGCAUUUCUUAUUCAGAGGAAACUGGUCCUAAGACAGAAACACCGACUUCUACUGAGAGCGCAAGUUUAUGA